GCUGUGAUUGAACUCUUUAAUUUGCCAAAACAUAUUUAAUAUGAUUGACACGGAUUGGGGUUUGCAAUGUACAUCUAUAAUAAUUAGAAAAGUAAAUAACCGUAAAUGCACUUUUUACAAGUAUUAUUAUUUUUGAGUUGCUUCGGAAAACUGCACAGAAGCAGACUGUGACCGUGUUUGAAAUUAUAAUUUAUAUAUGACGUCAUAUAUAAAUAGAGGCGUAAAAGAACCGAAUGAUUUUAAAACUGUGUUAGGCCUAGCCUUUGUUAAGCAAACCAUUUAUCUAUGACUGGUAAAAGUUUAUGAACAUCGUGUUUUACAGUAUUUCACCAGAAGUAAUGAAGAAUGAACCUUCUAAAGGAAUAGGUGCACAGAGAUAUUUAACUUUUGUUGGUUUUUUCAUUUUAACAGUGAUAUUUUACGUCAAUGUCAAGUCUGGUAAUAAUUUCAUACGACUAGAAAGUCCAUCGCCAUUUAGAACACAGGCAUUCAACAUAACGAUAAUACGCAAAGGCGUGGUGAUCAAUCCGCAGAAAGUAGUACACUCUAUAUGUCCUACUUUUUCAGGGAGAAUUGGAAAUAAACUUUUUAUUUAUGCUUCAUCCUAUGGUAUAGCGAGAAGUAAAGGGAUGGAAGUGGUUAUCAAUACAAACUGUGAACUGCUGAAAUAUUUUACCUUAUACGCAGACGUACGAAAAGACACAUCAAUAUGUGAUUCACAUAAUCUCAAAACAUUGAAAGAAGAACAUUCAGCCGUGUAUGAUAAACGAAUUCUGGAUUUUAAUAAUACACAAAACGUUAGACUACUUCAAUAUUUACAAUCCUACCUUUAUUUUGAUCAAUAUAAGGAGGAAUUGAGAGACCAAUUUACCUUCACUGAAAAAAUGAUUAAAAAGGCGACUUUAAUUCUAGACAAUAAACUUAAAGGAUAUAAUAUUUACAGAAAUAGUACAUAUCACAAAAACCACAAGCAUAAAUAUAUGAAGGUAUAUAAUGAGACUUCACAUAAAAAGAUAACAUUGAUCGGCGUUCAUAUACGACGCGGUGACUGGACAAAAUACCCGGAUGCUGGCUAUAAUGUGCCAUCCAAGGAAUAUUUAAGGAAAGCAGUUGAGUGGUACCAAUCUAAAAUGGAGAAUUUAGUGUUUGUCGUAGCGUCAAACGGAAUAAAAUGGGCGAAGGAUAACAUGCCCAAAAAUAUAACUGCUGUGUUUUUAGAGGGAAAUUCAGCCUGGGUAGACUUAGCAACUGUAACGUUAUGUGAACAUUUUAUUUCAUCGUCUGGAACAUUUAGCUGGUGGGCGGCAUGGUUGACAAGAGGAAAUGUGACAUUCUUUAAAUGGCCGGCAAAAGAAGGAACUCGCUUCCGUACAGCGUAUAGUAAAGAUUACAAAGAUUAUUAUUAUUCACAUUGGAUUGGUCUGUAAUUCGAGAAACGAGGAAUAAACCAUGAUGAAAGGAAUAACAUAUACUACGCUAAAAGAUAACUGUCAGACAAGGAUAAGAUAUGGCACAUUCUAUAAAUGUUGAUAUUAAAGAAAGAAAAACACGUUUUCGAAGAGCGUUCUUGCAAGGAUUACAAAGAAUAUUACUAUUCACAUGGGAUCGGUCUAUGAUCCGAGAGACAUGGCAAAAGACAGUUUGUAACAAAUAUCGAACUAUAUUAAAAAAAUGUCUAAAGCUUAUUGCAUUAGGGAUGGAGUUUCCCUGAUUGCACUUAUACCAUAGAAAAUAUAAAAAAAAAAUCUGUGUUAUAUUCAGUUGAAAAUAUUUCCAAGGUUCUUUUAACUAUUUCCUUUUAAAUGAUGUAUAUUUAUUAGCUUAAAAAACAUCAGUUUUUAUUAAUAGUUCUUUGCAUUUACAGUUCCAAAUUUGACAAAAACGUCCGAAUAAAGAUGUGUAUUCUA